AUGACGUCUGCGCGCUUCCCGCCGCUCAUGGCCAAGAAGAUCCGCUUUAACGCGCGUGAGCUCUUCCGCCUCCGUCGCCACGAGACCAACGCGGCCCGAUGCGAGCGCUUCCUCGCCGACGGCUGGGCCGACGUCGCGACGCUCGAGACCAUUGCGACGUCGCCACUCGUGCAAGCGAUCGACCGCAAGCCGCCCGCCCCGUCGACAUCGUAAUUGGUUGUUUUACAUAUCGUGUCGUAUCUACUGCAUACAGCAGAC